AGUGGAGCGCUGUUAGAAUUUGAAAUUUGAAAUUUAAGAGUGAAAAAAAUAAAAUAAAAAAGAAGCAGAAAACCAAAAUCCUACAAAUGCUGAAGGCUUUUCUACUUCUUUCAAACACUCUUGAAGCACCCAAACGCUCCCAUCGAUCCUCAGCUUUCAAUGCACUAGAAUCGAUUUCUUCAAGGUUGGUAUUCGAAAAUCUCCCCGAAGAUGAAUGAUCUAAUGACCAAGUCAUUCCUCAGUUACGUGGAUCUCAAGAAGCAGGCUAUGAAAGAUCUCGAGUCCCAACCUGACCUUGAAAUGGGGAAACUUGACGCCGCUGACGAACAGAACCUCGCCGGAUUUUUCGAACAAGUGAACGCAAUGAAGGCUGACAUGGAAGAGAUCACAAACCUCCUUGUUGAUCUUCAGGACCUGAAUGAAGAAACCAAGUCCACUCACAGUGCUAAAGUGCUCAGAGGGUUGAGAGACAGAAUCAAUGCUGAUAUGGUUACUAUUCUGAGGAAAGCGAAAAGCAUCAAAGCGAGUUUGGAGUCGCUUGAUCGUUGUAACGUGGCUAAUCGAAGUGUGUCUGCGGCCUACAAGGAAGGAAGCCCUGUUGAUCGAAUGAGGAUUUCGGUGACGAAUGGUUUGAGAAUUAAGCUGAGAGAGAUUAUGAAUGAUUUUCAGAUCUUGAGAGAACAGAUUGUUAAGGAGCACAAAGACGGUCUCAAGAGGAGGUAUUUCAGUGCCACUGGGGAGGAAGCGAGUGAUGAAGUGAUUGAUAAGAUGAUUUCGACAAAUGGGCAGGUCAAAACUUUCGAAGGAAAGGCGGAGCUGGUGAUGGAGAAUCAGGAAAGGCAUGAGGUCUUGAAGGACAUACAGAGAAGCUUGACGGAGCUCCAUCAAGUGUUCCUUGACAUGGCUGUGUUGGUUGAAAAGCAAGGCGAACAGUUGGAUGACAUCGAACAGAAUGUGGCUGGUGCUGGGGCUUAUAUUAAUGAUGGAACUAAUGCGCUUUCUGAUGCUAAGAAGAUGAAAAAGAGAAGAGGAAAAUGGGUUUGUUGGAUUGGCGCUAUUGUGUUGUUUAUGUUGCUUGUGUGUCUGGUUUCCAUCUUUGCUUAAUAUCUGAAAUUUUUGGAGGUAAAAGUUCAUGUUCAACCAUGGUUUGAUUGUUACUGUAGAUGGAAUUUUGGCCCGUGGAUUGCAUCAUUGCUUUACAUUUGUCAUCUAGAAUGCAAUGCGUGAUGACAUGGAUCAGUAUUCUUUUCUGGGUGCUGCAAUAUGUCUGAUGAAAUUUCUUCAUCCUUGCACGUCUUUUUUCUUCCUGUUGUUUGUAAUUUUCGGAAAAGAGGUUCUUUAGUUUGGAUAUGCUUGGCGUAGUUCUUACUUGUGAUCUGAAUGCCCUUUUGUAAUUGGAGAUUCAAUUUGUUAGAAUUGUUCAUUGAAGCU